AUGACAGACAACGAAGCCACACCCACCAGAGAAUAUGGCUUCAACCCCAGUCAAGGCGUAAACUGGUCCGACUACCUCACAUUCCGGCCACUCUAUCCACCCUCUUUCUUUGAAGAGGUCUUUACCUACCACUCAAAAAAGCCCCACUCUAGCUGGUCCCUUGCCCAAGACGUCGGCGCCGGCUGCGGAAUCGUCUCAUCGAGUCUAGCCCCCCGCUUCGGCAAAGUGAUUGUUUCAGAUCCGAACGAUGGAUACACUGCACUCGCUCGCAGUCUCCUCGUCGAGGAAUCCCGCCUUUCCGAAUCCAGAUUCUGCUUCCUACAAGAAAGUGCCGAAAUGAGCUCUGUGAAAUCUGGCUCGGUUGACCUGCUCAUGGCGUGUGAGUGUAUCCACUGGACGAGGCCGGAGUUUGCGAUUCGGGAGUUUGCAAGGGAGUUAGUUCCGGGUGGAACGCUUGUGAUUACGCAUUAUCAUUAUCCGCGCAUUGUUGGUAAUGAGAGGGCUCAGCAGGCUUGGAAGGCCGUUUGUGCGUUUUAUGCGGAUGGGGUCAAUGAUCCGAUGCUUGAUCAUGCGUUGAAGAUCUUGAAUUCUGGGACUGAGGCUCUAGAAUUUCCUGUGGAGGAUUGGGAAGCUGUGAAAAGGCUUUAUGUUAAUGCGCAGGGGAGUAUUAAGGCUUUUAGAAUCAAUGAUCGAGUCGGCGAGAGUCAGGUUAAAGAUGGUGAGGAGAUUGUUUGGGAGGAGGACAAUGUGGAUUGGAUGGAUGAGCAAGACUGUGCCUGGUUCAAGGGCUAUGCAUCCACCUGGACAAAACCGCGUGUAUCAGAGUCGGACAUUAACCCACUGUGGGAUGAGAUGGAAAGGGCAUUUGGGGGGAAAAGGUGA